AUGAGCUACGAACCGACACUAGCCCCACGGGCGUACGGCGACGCGCAAGAUGGAGCUGCACAAAAGGGCUCUGUACGGGCAGUACGGGAAAGGAUGCAAGCUGCACAAAUGCGAGCACAGCUGCCAGACACGUCAAAGAUAAUAGGACUUCCUCAACGACCUAAUCAGUUUGUGUCGCGAUCUGCUGCCAGCAAGAAUGACGACCCCCAACCCCAACCCCGAACACCUACCGAUCUUGAAGACGAUGACAGAAUGCCAUCUCCGCCGCCACAAUGGCCUCUCCCAGAUGAUUCCAGCCCCACUAUUCCACCUCGUUCACCACGUCGGUUACGGGCUCCGCAACCCGUCAUCCGCCCUGUAUCAGAUGAUUUUCCUAUCCAGCAACCUUCUCCGGUGUCUCCACCGCCCCUCUCUCCGGAUUAUCUCCAGCCACCCAGCUUCAAUUUCCGCAUGUCGAACAGGAGUGACGAUAUGUACUCACCUUCGUCGCGCCCCUUCUCCGGCGCAUCGGAGGCAUCGUCACUCGGAUCAAUUCCGGAUUUCCCAAUCCCACAGCCGCCGAUGCCUGCUGUACAGCCACUGCCUCGUCGUAUUCCUAGCCUAGGCCCACCACCUUCGUCGCGCAGAGGCCCUUCAUCUUAUUAUACUCAGCUCUCCUACGUAUCGCCUAUCGUCGAAGAGUCAGAGACUCGGUCAAACACCAUCAGAUCGCGUCACGGUUCUUACGCCUCCAGCAACGUGUUUCCAACAUACAGCGAUGAUUAUUACCAGGGAGACUACCCUCAAUCAGACGAUGAUGAGACCAUAACAAGUGACCGUGGCACACUGUCCCGCGCUAGUGAUCACGAUGACCAGAGUGGGCUCGUCAAGGACUCGCCUACUCUUGUCCGACAAGCAAGUCUCGGACGGAGGACGAAACCCUCUAUCACGACUAUCAAAUCGGUCGACGGUAUCAGCGGAAACAUAAAGAAAUCUAUGGCUGCCGCCGGUAUUGGCGCAGCAGGAGUAGCUGGCACUUUUGCUGCACGAGAUGCGGCGCAACCAUCGCCUCUACGCAGCUCGAUAUUGAGCAACGGCACUGGACUCCUCGAUCCAUCUUCGUCCUCUUCUGCUGAAUCACUGGGCACUUGGCGCAAUACUAAAUCCACGUCUCCCAGCUACACAGGCGCCGAUUCGCCUAUCUUUCCCUUCCAACCCAGCGGGCUCCGCUCUAAUACCCUGGCUGAACGGGUUGGAUUCAGGCGUCCUGCGAGGCUCGAUAUGGACACCGUCCGAGAUGCUGAAGCACGAGGUAGUUUGACGAGCCUUCCGGACCUGAUUCGAAGAGCGACACGGCUUGCAGCCAAUCUUGAUAAAGGAAGGACAGCUAGCCGACUGGGAUUGGAUUUCUGGGAGGCUGGUGCGCCUGAGCAGAAAAAUGUGCGGAAAUCUCAGGGCUCUCUUACUGAUAUGCUGGCUGCAUUUCCUCCACCAGGUCAGGAGACUCCGCAGAGGUCAGGCACACCAGCUGGCGGCAACGCUCUAGUAGAGUGGCCGUCUUCAGGAGCGGCUACCCGCUCGGGUGUCGAUCCGCGCUACAACAGCGAGAAGCCAACCAAGAGCCGUCGCAGAUGUUGCGGUCUGCCCCUCUGGGUGUUCAUCACGUUGUUGAUCUUACUAAUCUGUAUCAUAGCCGCAGCCGUGGUUAUCCCCGUCGUGCUUGUGGUGAUACCUAAUCAGAAUAAGGGCAACAACGCCGCCCAAGAUAACCAAGGCAACAACAACAGCAACAAUCCCAGUGCACCGGCCCCGACGUCAGACGCAGGAAAUGGCUCAUCCAAUUGCCAGAAUGGAGGUGUCGCCAUCCAAAAUGCGGACCAGUCGACUACCUGCGUGUGCAUCAAUGGUUUCACCGGGAGUACUUGCGGCACUAACGACGAGACGGGAUGUACAACAACCAGCGUCAUGGGUACUGCCAACAACGCGACUGUUGGUUCAGGUAUUCCCCGGAUCGUUCAAAGCGCGACGCAAGACUUCAACGUACCCCUUGACGCCACUCGCAUUCUUUCGUUGUUUUCAAGUUUAUCCCUCAGCUGUGCGGCAGAGAAUGCGCUGAUCACGUUCAACGGUCUGACAUCUCGGUCAGUCUCACCUGUCGACCAGUCUAUCAAUCUGGGUAGUUCCCUUCCCACCCGCUCGCUUCCUGUCUUGCAUGCUCCGCACCCAGCUCGCCAGAUAGAGGCGCGACAAGAAGUCACACCCAUCUCCAGCAACACAACGGCGGUCGACUUCGCUCGAGUAGGCGUUUUAUUUGCGCUGCAACAGGAUGGCAAACUCAACACUGCUGCCACCGCCCAGGAAAACGUCCAAGAUUUUCUUACAAGCAACCGUAACGGCAACUCAAACACCAAUACUGUCGACAUAGGUCCUUUCACCAUUGACCUCGUCAAUCUCACCAUCAAAUUCGACAACGGUACUGUUAUCGGGGCCGCGUCGUAA